UUGAUAUCAGGGUUAGGGCUUUUGCUGGGCUACAACGACUCGCAGGGGAUCAAUAUGUUCGUCUUUUAACAGUCCCUUUGCCUCAUUUUGUGGAUGAAGCGUGUCAGUCAGCUAUGAUGUCCAUCAGGUCAAAGUGAGGCUGUUUGUAGAGAGACAUGGAAGUGGUGCUUCUGCUGUUUCUGCUGGCGGGAGCGUCUCAUGGUAUUGAGACAUCCUGUGAUGCCAGACAGAAUGGAUCUCAGUGUUACGGAGCUCUGAAUGGAACUGUGUAUCUGCAUCUGACGGACAUAAUCAGUGGAUAUGAACUUAACUUUGUUGGACAUACUAGAAGACAAGUCUUCCAAAUGAAAAGAAAUAGAGUUGCUUACUAUAAAAAACACGGCGGUCUUGUAACUGAUGGCCAGGUUAAAUUCUAUGAGAAUAACGGGACACUGAGGAUCAAUAAAAUAGGGAAAGAAUAUUCUGACAAAUACACCCUAGAAACAACUCAAGAAUCUAGUGGAGCAACUUCAACACAUACAUUACAACUGUUCAUUGAAGCCCCUGUGUCCUCCCACAGGCAGGUCAUCUCAGAGUGUCUCCCCCAGGGAGGGAUGAGGAUGUCCUGCUCUUGUGAGGGGGACAGUCCCCGGUACAGCUGGACUCUGGAUGGACAAGCGCUGAAUGACUCCAGGGUGGUCCAUGAUGAAGAGAGAAGCAGUGUGACUCUGGAGAGAGGCACAGUAGGAAAGCUCACCUGUACCAUCAACAACCACAUCAGUCAGGCCACUGUGGAACUGGAUGUCUCAACAUGCAAUGGUACAAUAUACGUAAACUGCACAUCAUCCAAUGGGACAGAGGUAUCAGACUGGGUCAGUCCCACUGGUCCUAACCUGUGUACCAGAACUACCACCACAAACCCCACCGCCCAGACAGAGAGCACCACUCAGACAACCUCUGAUAUGAUAGUGAUUGUAGCAGGGUCAGUGGCUGGAGUCCUGCUCCUAGCUGUCCUUCUGGGCAUUUACUUUGUGCUGUGCAGAAAGAAGACUGCUGCUUCUGCAGAAGAUGAAGGUGAGGUGACCUACGCCGAUGUCCGAUUCGUGAAGAAGAACCAGGAGAGACAGAAGAAGAAGAAGCAGGCUCCUAUUGAGGUGGAGUACGGCCAGGUGAAGGUGUCCGGGGCCGCCGGGCGUCAGGAGGAGAGCCCCCGCGGGGAGGUGGAGUAUGGCGAGGUGAUGAUCAUGACACGCCCCGGGAGGAAGGUGGACAAGCCUCAGGAGGAAUGUGUGUAUUCCUCCGUACGCAGGCUAACACCGUGUCCUAACUGAUGUGCUAAUUCAUGUGCUAGGCCCUACAGUUAUGAAAGUCGCUAUUGAGCGUCCCGGUAACCUCCGCUCUCAUGCACUUCGGGUUCCGGCACCUUCUGAUUUCCAAAUUAAAACUGAUAACAUCUAUUAUACAACAGUUAGUUCCGAUCAAGUAAUUUGAUUGGACAAAAGGUAUUUGUGCUAUUAUUUGGAGAUAGCAGAAGGCCUACCAGGACUUUCAAAUGUGUACAUCACUGCUUACAUUAACGACCAUUACUGAAUCUAUCUAUCUAUCAAGAUGUUGACACACCGGAAUAUGCCACCAAAAAGACAACAGAAUCUAAUUUCAAUGUUUGUUCACGGGCUAACUUCAACCACGGCCGUAACUGCCAUUAGUUCCUCAUAUGAUGUGGUCCCAACCACUCGGGCCCGAGGACAAACUGGAGCUUGGCAAGAUGGAUUAUCGUCUAACAGACGUGGUCUUGCUCCAUCAGAGGUACACGGGCCGAUGUUCGCCCCUUACUGGGAUCGAACCACCUCUGACUUCCCAAGCACUACCAGCUAUGCCAACGAAAAGCUAGCUCUUUGUUGACGCGGGUGGCCUGUUUACAUACUUGAGGAGUUAGUUUUAACCGAUACACACCGGCUACAUUCGCAUGGUCAUGAUCUCCAGAAUCUAGCUGUCUGGCAAGGUUAACAUUAUGUUAAAUUUGUAAACGUCUCUAUUUGACCCUUUACUCAGGGGCCUGUUUCCUCUGUCUAUCUGUCAUGUCCUCGGUACUUCUCAUCACUUCCCCUAACUCACGAUGCCUUAUAAAGGCUGUGUCAGUGAAGUACCUGUGGUCACUGAAAGAACACAAAUAGUUUUUCCAUAACAGACACUUCUCUUUUUGUCCAACACAUCUCUCAGAAUUAUUUUUCUGAUUUAUUUUCAUUGGGGUUUUUGGGUUCUUACCUGUAAGGAAAUGUAAAUAGUUCCAUAUGUAUAUAUUUUUUAUGUUAAGUAAAGUAUAAGAUAAAUUCAUGGGAUGUAUCUCAUUAUUUUAUAAAUUCUUUACAUGAUUAUAUAUGUAUGUAAUCACAGCUCUGGAAAAAUUAAGAGACCACUGCACCUUAAAAAGUUUAAAAGGACAAUUAUGAGUGAGGAUCAAACGGGUAAAAUGUAAGAGGCCACGGCCAAUUUUACCCUGAUGUUCCUCACUCAAAAUU